AUGGCCGAGGCGUUGCUGCUCGCUUCGGGUGGGGGAAUCACCCUGUGGACCCGCGCGCGGGACGAGUACCUGCGCCUCCAGGGGGACACCUUCCUGACCACCGUUGGGAACAUCAUGACCAACGACUUCAGCAAGCUGGUGGCCAACUCGAACUUGGCCCAUUGGAUGGAGACGCUGGCCAUCGUGGCCACCUACUCCGGCCGCGAGUACCAGGCGCUCUGCGAGCAGCUGGCCGAGCGCCUGGAGAAGGAGAAGUUCGACAUCCGCUCGGCGCUGAUCUGCUACAUCUGCGCCAAGAACUUUCCAAAGACUGUGAGCAUCUGGGCCAUCACGCACGUGGCUUCUCAGGGCUCGCAGAACUUGGCGCUGCAAGACCUCGUGGAGAAGAUGGCGGUGCUGCAAGAUGUUACCAAGUUCCAGCAGGCCAAGAGAGAGAUGUAUGCGGAGAUCCUGGCGAACUCCGGUCGGCUCACGGCGGCCAUGCGCUACCUCUGCCUCCUCCCAGACGACAACUCGUCGGCGACGCUCCGGGACCGCAUCUUCAACUCGGCGCCGGCGCAGAUGGGCCAGAUGCCAGGGGCCCUCAGAGCGGACAGCCUGUCACAGGUGGUCAUCGUACAUGUCAUGUAA